GCGAUGGAGCGGCCGGAGAGCUUGGAGAAGAUGAAGCAGCUCUGCAGGAGAAUACAAGACGCCUUCAGAGAGCUCCAGGAAGACCUGACGCCCUACAAAACCGAGCGCUUCUACAGGUUGGCCCCCAUGCGUCUCUACACUCUCUCUAAGAGGCACUUCGUUCUGGUGUUCGUGGUUUUCUUCUUCUGCUUCGGCGUCUCCACACUCAUCGGUGUGUCAGGACCCAAGAUCAUUAGUGAGAAUUACUACAACGGUUUGAGUCUCAGCACCAACGCAUCAAAGAGCGGCCCGUUUGACCUCCAAUCUCCACUGCUGUCCAACUACAACCAGCAGCUGUGGCUGACCUGCAUCAUCCAGCUGUACAGCAGCAGUGAGAGCCGCCUUCCCUUUGCAGAUUUGAGCUGGGAAGAGCUGGGGGUGAAGGUGGAGCUGCAGGGUGUGAUGCAGGACGCUAGCGUGAUGCGCAUCAGCAACAACGUUCACAACAAGAACCGAAGCCUGCGCUGCGCCGCCCACCAGCAGGCGUGUGACGAGAUCAUCGUGCUGCAUCUGGGAUAUCUGAACUACACUCAGUACAAGAUCAACGUCAGCUUCAGGAACCUGCAGGACGGCCUGAAGGACAAAAUCAAAAACGUGACUUUUGUGUUCAAGAUGUACAGCGCCACGUUCUCUCAGGUGGAGAUCUGGUUCCGCUUCGUGUUUGUGGUGAUGACCUUCAUCGUGACCUGUGUGUUCGCUCACUCCUUACGCAAGUUCUCCAUGAGGGACUGGGGCAUCGAGCAGAAGUGGAUGUCUGUUCUUCUUCCUCUGCUGCUGCUGUAUAACGAUCCGUUCUUCCCGCUGUCGUUCCUGGUGAACAGCUGGUUUCCGGGAACGCUGGACGCUUUCUUCCAAGCUCUGUUCCUGUGUGCGCUGCUGCUCUUCUGGCUGUGUGUGUAUCACGGCAUCCGAGUGCAGGGAGACCGGAGGUUCCUGAGCUUCUACCUGCCCAAGCUGCUGAUCGUGGGGCUUCUGUGGCUCUCGGCCGUGACGCUGGGAAUCUGGCAAACGGUGAAUGAGCUGCAGGAUCCCACGUAUCAGUACAACGUGGACAUCCAGAACUUCCAGGGCAUGAAGGUCUUCUUCCUGCUGCUGGUGGCGGUGUAUGUGCUGUAUCUGGUGUUUCUGGUGCUGUGUGCCUGCUCCGAGCUCAAGAACGCACCCUACACAGAUCUGCGGCUGAAGUUCUUGACGGCGCUGACGCUGCUGGUGCUGGUGAUCAGUGUGGUUAUUCUGUACCUGAGAUUCGGCUCCAAGGCUUUGCAAGACAACUUUGUUUCCGAGCUUUCCACUCACUACCAGAAUUCGGCGGAGUUCCUCUCCUUCUACGGCCUGCUGAACUUCUAUCUCUACACGCUAGCCUUCGUCUACUCGCCCUCCACAAGCGCUCUGUACGACUCGCAGCUGAAGGACAAUCCUGCCUUCUCCAUGCUCAACGACUCGGACGAUGACGUCAUUUACGGGAGCGAUUAUGAGGAGACGCCUCUCCAGAACGGCCGCGCAAUCAAAGCCAGCGCCAAAUACCAGGAUGAGAGCGGGAGCGACUGAAAGCGGAGUGACUCCGGAUCGCUGGUGCUCACCGAGCACAUGUAUAUAGACUAACAGUGUGUAAAUAUACGAGCCCAUGUAUUUUUAAAGCUACAGUGGCGUGUUUGUGAAGUCAUUACACCUGAUCUCAGAUCAGUGCUGCAACACUGCUGGGCUCAGUGGCCUGUUUCACCUCCAAAUUAAAAGGGGAAAAAUCAAUCGUCUGUAUUUUCAUUUGCAUUUGAGAUAAUUAAGCACAUUUAACCCCGAGAUAAUGAAAAUCAUCCUGAUAUGCUCAAUUCAUUAACACUAAUAAUACCUUGCUGUAAGAUGUGCUUUUAUACACGAGUUAAAACAAACAUGUUAAAAAGGUGUUAAUUUUCAAUUCCUAUGAAAUACUUCUAUAAAGUUAGAUUUUUGUUUGCAAUGCAGUAAUAACUGUUUAGGAUAAAUGUGCUUAAUUUUCAUUUAAAAAAAUUUAAUUAAGGGUCUCAAAAUAUUUCAUUUUUUUGGUUUUUGAGUGAUUCAUAUUGUGUAUUUCUAGACAGUGUUUAUGUGAUUGGCGCAGUUGUUCCUCAUCGAUCAGACUCUGUUAAUAACGUGUGAGGACGCUGCUUAUGUGCAUGUGUUUCUGUUGAUUUCUGGCUGGUUUGAGUUGUUUCUGGAGCUGCUGUGAAUGUGUGUGUGCUUCUGGAUGAGAAUAUUGAGCCUCGUGUUUCUUUGCCUUCACUGGAUGUCGUCGUGUAUCGUUUUUCAAGAAGCCUUCUUUUCUCACAUUCCUGGUUUAUUGUGCUUCUCUCUUGUUUUGGUGUAUGUCUGAUGAAUAUUUUGUGGGUCUGAAUCACGCCCAGGGUCCCGCUGAGGACCGAAGCACCUUGUUUGUGUUUUGUGAAGCUCUGUUGUUUCUUCUGAACUGAGCUGUGAGGACGGGACUCUAGAGCGGUGCUGUGUUUUACGCAUUUCUAUUGACUCGUGUUUGUUUGAUUGAGUGGUUUAUCUGUCCCAUGUGUCGCUGGGCUUUAUGAAGUGUCCCAGAAGCACUGUGUGAUGACUGUGCCUUUCCACGUGUACAUGAGCUCAGUCCAGACGAGGAGCUCUCCUUCACUCGCACUGCUGUGACGUCUGAGCGAAUGUGGAAUAAACUCUUCAGACGG